UGGAUUCAGCUUCUUCAUUUCCAACAUGGAAAAAACUUACAUCGAUUCCCUGGACCCUGAAAAGCUAUUACAAUGCCCCUAUGAUAAAAACCACCAGAUCAGGGCCUGCAGGUUUCCUUAUCAUCUUGUCAAGUGCAGAAAGAAUCAUCCUGAUGUCGCCAACAAGUUGGCUACUUGUCCCUUCAACGCUCGCCACCAGGUUCCUCGGGCUGAAAUCAGUCAUCAUAUUUCAAGCUGUGACGACAAAAGUUGUAUUGAGCAAGAUGUUGUCAACCAAACCAGGAACCUUGGACAAGAGACUCUGGCUGAGAGCACAUGGCAGUGCCCUCCUUGUGAUGAAGACUGGGAUAAAGAUUUGUGGGAACAGACCAGCACCCCAUUUGUCUGGGGCACAACCAACUACUGUGGCAACAACAGCCCUGCAAGCAGCAUAGUUAUGGAACAUAAGAGUAACCUGGCUUCAGGCAUGCGCGUUCCCAAGUCUCUGCCGUAUGUUCUGCCAUGGAAAAACAAUGGAAAUGCACAGUAACUGAAUAUCUAGCUCAUCAAAUGCCAGACCUUAGAAGACUCUUGCUUCUUCCUGCUACCAAGUCCUCACUCAUUUGAUGCAAGAAAGAACCUUCAUACUCAGAAGAACUGUUUCAAAUAAACCAUUGAUGUAGAUAGCUUGAUAGUUUGGUUAAGUGCUUACAGCCCCAAGAUCAGAAAUCACAUCCCAUUCUGCAUUAGUGAAACAUAAUCAUUUAAAGUUAUCCUAAAGGAUCCAGCUGAAGCAGGCAAGAAACUUGGGUCGGAAAAAGAAACUGUAUUUGUGUUCUUUGACACACAUGGACCAAAUUCUUUUUAGAGGAAUAUAGGAAUAUAUUCCUAUAAGAGUGGGCCUUUUCUGAUCAGUGCAUCUGUUUUCCCAGUCUCCAAGAUGUUGAUAGCAUUUAUAUAGCAAAAUACCCCAUUCUUAUUUAGAAUCUUUAGUACCUCUUGCUCCCUAAAUAUUUCCAACCUAGAGUAGCUUUCUUUUAUUUCUUUUCUUUCUCCCACAUUCCAGCUAGAAAUUGUACUAGCUGUCAGACUAGGUGUGGGUUAUGUAGGAGUGAAGAUUGGAUGGAAGGGAUGAACCAAUGUACAUGUGGAGAAGAGAGAGACUUUCCACCUAUGUGUGAAAUUUGAUUUAAGCUUCAAAGCUUGAAUGUCUGAGGGCCCUGUUCACUGCCCUGGGAUGUGUAUAUAAUAAAUUAGAUUUCUGAAACACCAAAGCCUCUGGCUAUCCUAGCAGCUUGUUGGCCCUUCCAAGGAGACUUCAUAAUUUCCCCAGACCAGUGUUUUGUUUCUUUGGAUUUUUUUUGUUUGGUUGUUUUCAGGUUUGUUUUGGUUUUAAAGCUGUCUGGCAUGGGGAGGGAUUUGGGAUCUGGUAUAGAUAGGGACUUGGGUGAAGCAUACUGACAAUUCCAAAAAUGAUGUCUCUAGCAUUGUUUGUAAGUAACAGACAAGAGGGAGUGGGCUCUUGUGGAAUGCCUCCUUCCACGAGUUUUACGCAAAACAGAAUUCUCUCCUAAGGAAGCAGAGCUCUCUGUUUAUUUAGUUCCAAUCUCUAAAAACAGGUUCAAGAUAAGCCAUAGUACAAUAAUAUUUCUGCUUCUAGCUGUGUGA